AUGAACAGAUUAAAGAAAAUCGAGGGAAACCGACAGAGAAGUCACAGUUUCGAUAUGAUUGUGAUGGACGAGGUUACCAAGAUAAUAUUGGAUUUGGAUCAUCAAACAAAUAAUGCACAGAACAACAGUAGUUCAACACCGAAUUUAACAGCUUUAGAUAAUUCAUUACCACACCCACCUCAUUCACCUCGUGGUGGACAAUCACAUCUAUCACCUCUAAAUAUAGUUGGAUCAGGAGGAGGAUUAGGAGGAGGAGGAUCUGCUCCAUCAUCUCCAAUGCAAUCAAGACAUCAUAGUUUCAGUAUUCAUCCAUCCACCUCAAACACAUCAAUUUCCUCAAGUAUGCUUCCACCGUCUUCAGAGCAAACGUUAAAUCCACCAACAUUCUCACUCUCUGUAGAUACCACACAAAAAACAAUGACAACACAACAACAGCAACCAGGUGUAGCUAUUCCAUCUUCACCAAAACCACCAACAGCUCUUGAAAAUCUUCAUCACAUAUAUAAACCACAACCACACCAUAUUUCCAUAUCGAUUCUCGAUAAACCUGUACAAAUGAAUGAAAGAUCACCCAGUUUCAGUAGUCUGCCUGGCGAGUUGACAGCCAGUGGACACCUGAAACGAAGUAGUUUCGCAACACCAUCGCCACCACCAUUCAAUUUGGAUGGCGCUUCCGUAAGCAACCCUCACCACUCCAACGGCAGUGGAAAUACACCGCCAGCCUCACCGUCGCGAAGAAAAUCGCUGGCCGCCUCCGUAACAAUUUUACCACCGACCAAGAAAUCACAGAGUUUUCGACGUGGACUUCUCUCGGUCAUUGAAUCGCCAUAUUAUAUCACACUGAUGGUGCUUGCCAUCCUCUUUAUUCUCUUCAUAGACGACAUCAUUGGAAUUUGCGGUUCGCCAUACUCCACCAUUCAAAACUAUAUAAUCUUGGCGGUGCGUCUGCUUAUCAUAUUGUUUUUCACACUGGACAUUGUAAUGAGUGUAUUGGUAUACGACCGUCACUACUACAAUAACACGGUGGUCGUUUUCCUCGAUCUACUCUCACUGGACCGCACCGAUCUCUAUGGCUACACAGCAUCACUAUCGAACCUACAGUACCAACUAGCCAGCAAUCCAACAACAUUCACAGACUCUGUCAACAACUACAUCUCUAGCAACUCGCACAACAACAUCGAUAUACUGUUCCUCUCCGUCGCCAACCAAGACUUUUACAACCAUCAAUCUAAAAUCGUUAAUCUACAAUUCAACGCAAUCUUAAAAUAUGAUUAUCAAUCAUCAUCUAUUUGGUUAGAUAAUUCUUAUAAUGUUAGAAUAUCUAGUAUUAUGCAUUUAUGUUUAACAAUAUUUGUUAUAUUGCUAUUGAUUAUUGUUAAUAUUAUGAUUAUUAGAGAUGCACACAAGAUUGUUAUCAAUCCACUGGAGAAUGUUUUAGCGAUUGUAAAGACAUUGUCGAAACAAAAUGCAGCAAUACAGAGAAAGAGUGAAAUUUUGAAUGAUCUAAAGCUAGAGAGUGAAUCAAACAACAACACCAUCAAUCAGAUCGAUGACGAUGAAUCUGACGAAGCAGACUAUCUCCUUGGAAUGUUGAGUGACAUCGAUGGUUCACUUCAAGCUGCAAAAGAAAAAGUAGAGGAAGAAUCAAUUCAAAACUCAAGACUCAAGAGUGAAAUCGAAGAUCUAUUCGCUGAGAAGUUUAUAUUACAAAUUCAUUUAGAUUCUGUACUUAGAAACAUCGAUUUCAAUGAUAAUAUUGGUGAUAUGUUGAAAAAGAAUAGAGAACUGUUGAAUAUGAAUGCAAAACAAUUACCGGAAGGUGUUAAUUCCGAUUCAGUUAAAUUCAAGGUCGAUGAAAGCAAUCCAGAGAAAUUCAUAAUUCUCUGUGCAACAUUGGAUCGUUUGAUCGAGCGACUCACCAAGAUAGACAAUCACGAUAUGAAGUUUGCAAAUGUAUUCCUCCUGACAUUUAGAAGAUUCGUUUCACCCAUUGAAUUGAUGGAGUUGUUAAUCAUUAGAUUCUGUAGCACACCAGCAAUGGAGUUAACCACAACACUACUUCAAAUGGAUGACUAUGUUAGUGGUUGGAGAACAUCGAAACAAGAUCAAUUAAGAAUAAGUGUUUUCAAUGUUAUUAAAUUGUGGAUUGCUAAAUUCUUUUGGGAUUUCGAGAAUGAGGAGCUAUUGGAGUUACUUCAAUAUCUAUUAAAGACAAUUAUGCCAAGAUUCAAUAUGGAUCGAUAUGCAGUACAUCUAGAAGCACUAUUGAGAAGAAAACAAGAGAAUUACGUUGCUUUGGUAGAGUAUCAACCUUUGAAACCGCUGAGUCAAGAAGACAUUGCAGAGAUGAUGGUCGUCGACGAUCGUGUUCUCUUCAACUACGAAGUCAACGACAUUGCAACACAGAUCACUCUCAUUGAAUUCGAGAUGUUCAAAUCGAUCCGACCAGAGGAGUUGUUGGACUUGGCUUGGACAAAGAACAAGACAAAGUUCAGAACAUCACCGAAUAUCGCGCGAUUCACAGAGCAUUUCAACAACGUUAGUUUCUGGAUUCAAAUGCAAAUCGUCAAGUAUGGCAAAGUGAAGGAGCGUGUCUCUGCGAUGAAGCGUAUCAUUGCUCUCGGUGAAUCGUUCCUUCAACUCAACAACUUCUACGGUGCAAUGGAGCGUGAGAUUGCAGCGACCAUUCUAUCGAUUCAGCAAUUCCAAAACACUCUUGAAUAUUUCCAUGAAGUCAACAACAAAUUGAAAUCUCAAUUGGAUUUGCGUGCACCCGAUACAGAAACCAUCUAUAAGAUGUCUUUGACUGCAGAACCCAGAAGAAAUUAA